UGAGGGAGAGUGCCGCGAAAGCCGUCACGAAAAAAAAGUUUCUCAUACGAAUUUUGAGUUGCGUAUUUAACGGGCGGACUCCGACGAGGCUCACUUGCCAUCUGUCGAUGGAUACGAAAACUGUAAUGUUAGGGUACGGCUGCGCGUAAUGAAUAUAUUUUUGAAAUGACGUAUUUUACUUAUUUAAAUUUUAAAUAAUAAUUAUAUCAAAUUUCGGUAAGUCACCUAAUUCCAAUAAACAAAUACCUAAUUUCAAGUAAAAAAGUUGUCACGACAUAUUUUCGCGACAUAUUUUUGCGUUAAGCCAGUUUUGAAUGUUAAUCUCACGAAAAGCCAAAGUCAGCCAUUUUGGAAUUCUGUUCAUAAAAAGUGACGCGAUCGGUGCGAACGGUCUUAGCGCGUGGUGACGUGGAAAAAUUUCGUUAGAUUUUUAUCCCCUGAGUUAAAGCUACGAAAUGCCGAAACGAUCGAAAAAAACGCUGCGUCAAAAGCUCGCGGAAGUCAUCGAAGAGACAUCAAACGAUGGAAAACCGCGGUGGAACUGCAAAGGGAACAUGGAGGAGGAGCUGCCAUGCGCUUACUUCCAAGAGAAGAAUUUCAGCCCCGGAAACUUCAAGCGCCAUAUUGUCAACAAGCACCCCAAUAUUGCUGGCAGUCUGGAGCUGGAUGAGCCGGAGGAAGAAAAAGACGCAUCGGAACCGACGCCAAAGAAGGUUCAGCCAGAUAAAGUCAUCACCAAACUUACUGUAAGCGUGAGUCCCGCCGAUGUUUUACUCGGGACAAUCAUGCUGGUGGCAAAGAGCGGCCUUCCGUUAAGCUUUCCGGAAUGGGAGGCCACAAAGUACACUUUGAGGCCACUAUGGGAUGCUGCCAAACUGACCGUCACGCGCAACACGCUUCCUGAGCUGAUCAAAAAGGCUGCGAGGAACAUGCGCGAAAUAAUGAGCAUCGAAUUUAAGAACAAAAUUAUUUGUUUGAAAAUCGAUGCCGCUUCCCGAAAUGGCCGCUCAGUACUCGGAAUAAAUGCGCAGUUUAUCGACGACGCCGGAAACAUCCAAAUCCGGCAUAUUGGUAAGACGAUAGUUUUUGGGUACAUAUUCUUAGCUUUAAUACUAGGCUUUGCAACGUGACGUCAUUAAAUCAUUCGCACACACAUUACACAGCACACGUGGAGAAAAUGUAAACAGUACACUCACUAGACUCAAACCCCGAUGGUUUGACACAAACUGUUGUCAAACGAACGGGGUCACGUUUUAGUUUGACACCCUUUUUGCACGGAGUUCACACACACUACC